AUGGUGGUAUUCAAGCCACAGAUACCCAGCCAGCAGCAACAACAACAGUCCCAGCAGCAGCAGCAGCAGCAGCAUCUCCAGCAACAGCAGCAGCAGCUCCAGCAACAGCAGCAGCAGCAGCAGCAGCAGCUGCAGCACCAGCAAAUCCAGCAGCAGCAACAGCUGCAGCACCAGCAGCAACUCCAGCAGCAGCAGCUGCAGCAGCAGCUCCAGCACCAGCAACCACAGCAACAGCAGCAGAUGGUUGGCUCUGCGAUGGGGUCAUUUGUUCAAGCGCCUGGCAGGUCCCAAAUGUUGUCUCAAGGCAAAGUCCCCUCUCAAACGAUGGGUAACAUGUCAGGGGGUGGCUUCCAACCUUGA